AUGGCGGGGCUGGAGCCGCUGUACGCCUGGGCGCGGGCCGCCGUCUCCUGCCCGCAGGACGCGCUGAUCUGCGGCGUCCACUGGGAGCUGGUCCGGCACGGCUACCGCUGCCUCGGCACCGGCGACCAGCCAGGUCCUGAUGAAAGGAAGUCGGAGCUGCUGCCCACUGGCUGGGAAGCCAACAAGGAGGUGUAUACGCUGCGCUACAAGUCCACAGACGAUGCCCGUGAGCUGCUGCUGAAGGCUAUCAUGGUGGAAGACAGUAUGAUCCUCAAUGUCAUGGAUCGCAGUUCUCAGAAGGUAGCAGAUGUGACCUUGGCAGUGGCCGACUACGUCAACCUGGAGCACCUGGACAAUUUCCACAAGCUGUACAAGAACACUGAGGAGCUGAGGACAAGGAUUGCUUCGGGCAUCAUCGCUCCCCUUGGGGCCCCUGCAGAAAAGGCCAAAAAGGAGCCCAAGGCUGAGAAGAAGGAUCCUGACUUGCCCCAGGAUUACGACCCCCUCAGGGUCCCUCCCCGGCAGCCGGCAGGCACGAGAGCACCGUCCUGGCCUUCCCCUUUGAGCCCCUUCGCUGUUGGUGGGGAAGACCUGGUCCCUUUUGGAGGUCGGAGUGGGGGAAUGAUAGUGGAUCCUCUCCGGUCUGGCCACCUGCAGCCUGGCAUUGACCCAUCGUCAGGCAUUCCAGGCCGGCUUCCCCCGGGAGCAGUUCCACCAGGCGCCAGAUUUGACCCCUUUGGCCCAUUAGGAGCAGGUAGAUCUGGGCCAGAUCCCGACCACCUUCCCCCUCCAGGCUACGACGACAUGUUCAUGUGAGGAGUCACCGCAUGGCUUCUCAUGGCUGCGGACAGAGCACUCUCCUGGAAGCAGGAGCACUUUCCCCUCUUCGCUCCCUGUUUGGUGGACUUUGAUGUUUUCAGCAGCGUUUUUCUUCUCCCCAUUCAGGGCUGGUCUGUGUGUCAGACCAGCUAUAAAGGUUUCCCUGUGUGCAGAACAGAAGAGGAGGCAGUAGGUUUGUUUCUUUUCGUGCUCCUCCGAGGGUGCCCGGCCGUUUGCACCCAGCUGAAGUGGGCCUGCCCCGCACACGGUGGCAGCCAUGGGGUGCAGCGCGGCGCUCCCAGAACAGCCUGGGUGCUGUGGGGUUUCCUCCUCUGCUUCUCCAGGUUGGCAGCGCUUUUGCUACUGGGGUUACGCAAGCGGUCAGUGCUGAGGAGGGAGCUGGCUUCUUGCCGCUCCUGCGCCGGGGAGCUGCGGUAGCCUCACUGAAGGUGACAGCCGGGGUGGGCUCCCUGUGAGAGAUCCAAGCGAGGGGCUGAUCGGCAUUGAAGGGCUAAAAAGCCCGACCCACGGGGUCUGCAUGGCCAGACUGCAUGGCCGCCCAGCAGCGGCUGAGAUCGGCUUGCACGUGGCCGUGCCCACUGGCUUUAAGGAGCACCACCAGCAAAGCCUUUAAUGUGCAUGAGAAGAGACAUGUAUUGAAUUCCUGGCCCCACCUUGCCCCCUCUCUCCCCUGCGGCUGUGUUUUUCAUUCCUGGGGUGCCUGCAGAGCCCUGCAGGCAGUGUGGCGAGGGCUACCCGCCAGGCACCACGCCGGGCUGGGGUAGGAGGGAGGGUGCUCGAUACCUGCACGACCUGCUGGGCCCAGCAUUGGCUCUCCAGGCGUGGCGGAGCUGUGACCGGUACGGAGCUGGGGCCCUUCUGGGGAUGCGCGCAGGGGGCUCACUCAGCUGCGGGAUUUGCUUUGCGGAAGAGGUUUAUAGGAACAUGUUUUCCUAUCGUCGGUCCCGUUGCAUGAGGCUGGUGUGGCUCUGCCUGGCUGAACUCUGACCAAUAGCUCGGGGAGGACGGGUGAGAUCUGUGUGGCUCAGGCUUCUGAGCUCUUUCUGGAAACCUCCUCCCUUCCCCGCAGCUCCCCCCAGGUCAGUUAAUUUUGGGGCUGCAGCUCAUCUGUCCUGUCAGGGGUUCACGCUGUGUUUUUCUUCUCAUGGUUUGAUUUCUUGGAAGGGUUUUUAUGAGAUUGAAAUAAAAAUCUGACAAGA